AUGCAGGCAGGCAGAGCUGUUGGGAUCAGCUCGUGAAGUGGAAUUUAAUGUGGCUUCCUGAGCUUAUUUCACAUUUAUCAGUUAGAAACUAUUUCCCCCGGGCCGUUUUAAUCCACAAGUCAGCGAUUUGAAGUUUUUAUUACAUUUUUUGCUGAUGUAUUGUUUAACUAUUGUCAGUUGAAGGUUGAACCCACUCUGUGACCAAAUCAAAACCCUGUAUCUUCCUCUGUAGACUGUCACCGUGAUAUACUCUCUCUCUCUCUCUCUAUCUCUCUCUCUCUCUCUCUCUCCUACUCUCUCUGUCUCUCUCUCCCUCUCUCUCUCUCUCUCUCGCUCUCUCUCUCUCUCCUACUCUCUCUCUCUCUCUCUCUCUCUCUCUCUCUCUCUCUCUCUCUCUCUCUCUCUCUCUCUCUCUCUCUCACACAGUGUUGGAUUCUGCAGUAUUUUCAUCUGCUGUGUUUUCCUUUUUAGUUAUACACAGUCUAUAAAAUACCCUUCAAAGUAUUCUCUUAAAUUGAGUAUGGAUUUCUGUUUGACAAAGCCAAGUUCAGAACCAUAAUUUACCACUAUGUUAACAUAUUAGUUGAUACUUUAGGGAUUUCUCCCCAAUCAAUUUCUGAGGAGGGAGGUUUGUGAACUUUGCAUUAACCGACCCACUAUGAAAGAUUACUCAAGCGUAGUAAUGCAAGGUAAUUUGAUCCUGCGUUGUCCUAUUUCCCAGUUGCUAACUCCAGCUCUCAUAUAAUAAGUUGACCGGCAUCGAGAACUGCUCUUUGCGUUUCCCAGUAAAUUAAGACCAGAUUUUAAUCAGUCUUCCUUGUUGCUGCUUCCAGCCCUGCUAUUGAAAUACAACACUUCAUAUUGCUCUCCUCAGAGAUGUGGGGGUGGGGUUUGGGGUGGCUAUUAUUUUCAUAACAAUAAGUCAUAAUUUGGGAGGCUGGAGGUGAGCAGUGCCUUUCAUUUGAUAAGUAGUGCUCCGGUUUCUCUUCAAGGACUUUACCUCCCGCUGUUUUUUCCCAUUACUAAAUUAAUGACCCACAGCUGAGGGAGACAUCCACUGUGAGGGGUGGCGAUAGUCAUCUCCUCCCUAAAUGAAAUGGUUUUAGCUCCCAGGCCUGUGGAGCUGUUAUGAGAAAGCUGGAUAUUUUCAACACUAUCUAACAGUCCUGUAAAUCCUUUUCAACGACUCUUGUUGCCCCCCAGGCUUUUUUUUACCCUCUCAGAUGAAUGUGAAAAAUGUGUAGAUCGAUGCAAACAUGCUUUCAGUUUUGGACCCAAAGCACCGGUCCUCACAUGGCUUGGUGUCUGUCUGUCUCUGUCUGUAUCCACUCAGGUGCGUCUGGAGUGGUCCACUCACCUCUCAGACCUCUUAUCAUAUUCGCCGCUGUCUGUUUUGGACCUCUCAACAUACACCGUCAGUCCCCAUGGAUAACUCCCUGUCCGCUGUCUGUCUGUUCCUCUGUAGGUGCGUCUGGAGUGGCCCACAGACCUGGCCGUCAGUCCCAUGGAUAACUCUCUGUACGUCCUGGAUAACAAUGUGGUGCUGCAGAUCUCUGAGAACCAUCAGGUGAGGAAACAAAACGUUUAACAGUAGACGGUACUACGCUAGACUUUACUUGAAAUGAUUUUGAUAUGUGAUUGUUUUACCUACCUAAGUUGAAUACAUUGACCUUAGUUGAAUGCACUGAUUGUAAUUCCCUGUGGAUGAGAGCGUUAGACCGUCUGAUACAUUUAAAUCAUUCAAAUGUCAAAUGUAACCACCAGGUGCGUAUUGUGGCGGGGAGGCCCAUGCACUGCCAGGUGCCCGGCCUGGAUCACUUCCUGGUCAGCAAGGUGGCAGUCCACGCCACCCUGGAGUCGGCCAACGCCCUCGCCGUCUCUCACAAUGGCAUCCUGUACAUCUCUGAGUCAGACGAGAAGAAGAUCAACCGUGUGAGACAGGUGAGACAGAAACAACUUCUUACUCAUACCUGGACUUACCUGGGUCCAUAAUACCUGGACUUACCUGGGUCCUUCAUACCUGGACUUACCUGGGUGAUCAUACAUGGACUUCUCUGGGUGAUCAUACCUGGACUUACCUGGGCUCAUCAUACCUCCUGAGUGGCGCAGUGGUCUAAGGCACUGCAUCGCAGUGCUAACUGUGCCACUAGAGAUCCUGGUUCGUAUCCAGGCUCUGUCGCAGCCGGCCGCGACCGGGAGCCUCAUGGGCGGCGCACAAUUGGCCCAGCGUCGUCUAGGGUAGGGGAGGGAAUGGCCGGCAGGGAUGUAGCUCAGUUGAUAGAGCAUGGCGUUUGCAACGCCAGGGUUGUGGGUUCGUUUCCCACGGGGGGCCAGUAUAAAAAAAAUAUGUAAUCACUAACUGUAAGUCGCUCUGGAUAAGAGCGUCUGCUAAAUGACUAAAAUGUAAAUGUAAUACCUGGACUUACCUGGGUCACUCAUACCUGGACUUACCAGGGUCACUCAUACCUGGACUUACCUGGGUCACUCAUACCUGUACUUACCUGGGUCCAUCGUACCUGGACUUACCUGGGUCCAUCAUACCUGGACUUACCUGGAUCCAUCAUACCUGGACUUACCUGGGUCCAUCAUACAUGUACUUACCUGGGUCACUCAUACUUGGACUUACCUGGGUCACUCAUACCUGGACUUACCUGGGUCCAUCAUACCUGGACUUACCUGGGUCCAUCAUACCUGGACUUACCUGGGUCCAUCAUACCUGUACUUACCUGGGUCCAUCGUACCUGGACUUACCUGGGUCCAUCAUACCUGGACUUACCUGGGUCACUCAUACCUGGACUUACCUGGGUCCAUCAUACCUGGACUUACCUGGGUCCAUCAUACCUGGACUUACCUGGGUCCAUCAUACCUGGACUUACCUGGGUCCAUCAUACCUGUACUUACCUGGGUCCAUCGUACCUGGACUUACCUGGGUCCAUCGUACCUGUACUUACCUGGGUCCAUCGUACCUGUACUUACCUGGGUCCAUCGUACCUGGACUUACCUGGGUCAAUCGUAUCUGGACUUACCUGGGUCCAUCGUAUCUGGACUUACCUGGGUCCAUCAUACCUGUACUUACCUGGGUCACUCAUACCUGGACUUACCUGGGUCACUCAUACCUGGACUUACCUGGGUCCAUCAUACCUGGGUCCAUCAUACCUGGACUUCCCUGGGUCCAUCAUACCUGUACUUACCUGGGUCUAUCAUACCUGGACUUAUCUGGGUCCAUCAUACCUGGACUUACCUGGGCUCAUCAUACCUGGACUUACCUGGGUCCAUCAUACCUAUACUUACCUGGGUCCAUCAUACCUGUACUUACCUGGGUCCAUCAUAGCUGUACUUACCUGGGCUCAUCAUACCUGGACUUACCUGGGUCCAUCAUACCUGUACUUAACUGGGUCCAUCAUACCUGGACUUACCUGGGUCCAUCAUACCUGGGUCCAUCAUACCUGGACUUACCUGGGUCCAUCAUAGCUGUACUUACCUGGGUCCACCAUACCUGGACUUACCUGGGUCCAUCAAACAAACCUGGACUUACCUGGGUCCAUCAUACCUGGGUCCAUCAUACCUGGACUUACUUACAAAUGGGGAUGAUGGACCCAGUCUCAUGAGAUAACCCUUUAUUACCCAGCCUCAGGAGAUAACCCUGUAUUACCCAGUCAGAGGAGAUAACCCUUUAUUACCCAGUCUCAGGAGAUAACUCUUUAUUACCCAGUCUCAGGAGAUAACCCUUUAUUACCCAGCCUCAGGAGAUAACCCUGUAUUACCCAGUCUCAGGAGAUAAUGCUUUAUUACCCAGUCAGAGGAGAUAACCCUUUAUUACCCAGUCUCAGGAGAUAACCCUUUGUUAUCUGUUUUACUAUUUUACUUGCAAUGGUCAUGAUCGUUGAAUGCACUGUAAGAUUCUCUGUCCGGACAAGACCGAGCAUCUUCUCCUUGCAUGUAAACAUUUCCUGUAAAUUUCAGGUGUCCACCAAUGGAGAGAUCUCAUUGGUGGCUGGGGCGCCCAGCGGCUGCGACUGUAAGAACGACGCUAACUGUGACUGUUACUCCGGCGACGAUGGCUAUGCAAAAGAUGCCAAAGUCAACGCCCCGUCCUCAUUGGCUGUCUCCCCCGAUGGUGAACUCUUCAUCGCCGACCUUGGCAACAUCCGUAUUCGUUACGUCCGACGGAACAAGCCUUACCUGAACCCACUCAGCAUGUACGAAGUCUCCUCCCCCAUCAGUGAUGAACUCUAUCUCUUCGACUCCAACGGUAGUCACAUCUACACCCAGAGUCUGACCACUGGGGACCAUCUCUAUAACCUGACGUACUCCGGAGAGGGAGACCUGGCCAGCAUCACGGAUCAGAACAACAACAUAGUGACCAUCAGGUAUCCUGCUUUAUCUACCUAUUUAUCUGAUUUAAUGCUGCAGUAG